AUGAAGUCGCAGAGCAACAAGGCAGGGCCUUCGAUGUCGCCCCUGUCCAGGAGCCAUGGACGCUUUGACUACGAUGUAUUCUUGAGCUUUCGAGGAGAAGACACCCGCCAUAAUUUCGCCGGCUUGCUCCGUGAUAUGCUUUAUCUACAGGGCAUACACGCCUUUUUUGAUGAGGAAGAUUUGCACAAGGGACAGAGGAUUGAGGAGAUAUUGGAGGCGAUAAGCAGGUCCAAGGUAUUGGUUCCCAUCUUCUCGCAGCGCUACGCUGAAUCUAAGUGGUGUUUAAGAGAAGUUGCCAAAAUGGUGGAAUCUUGUCAUCAUGGUGGGCAAGAGAGCCUCAUCAUUCCUAUCUUCUUUGAUGUGAAUCCGGCCGACGUGCGACAUCAGAGUGGCCCAUUUGAAUCUGCCUUCCAGAAGCACGAGACGAAAAGCUGGAGGAAUAUCUUCGGCGAGGUCGAUGAAUGGAAGAACGCACUGCUAUACGUUGGAGGAAUUUCUGGCUUUCAUCUUAAGAAUGGAAACCAAAGGGAGCUUAUCAAGUCAAUUGUUGCAGAGAUUCAGAAGGUUUUACCAGCUGACAGGCUCCUUGAUGAAGGGGAAUACAUUGUUGGUCUUGAGCACCGUGUGAAAGAGAUGAUGAAGCGCUUGGACUUUGAAGCAAAAGAUGUCCGGAUCAUUGGAGUCCAUGGUAUUGGCGGUAUAGGGAAGACAACCCUUGCAAAGGCGGUGUAUAACAGAAGCCAUCGCUUCUUUGAAGCUAGUAGCUUCAUCGAAAAUGUAAGGGAAGAAUCGAAAUCCAAAGGUCUCGUCCAGCUGCAGAAACAUCUCAUUCAAGAUAUUUCAAAAGGCAAACACAGAAAAAGGAUAAGUAACAUAAGUCAAGGGACCCAAAUGAUUAUGCAAAUGGUUGGUAGUAAGAGUAUUCUUCUUGUUCUUGAUGAUGUCAAUGAACAAGAGCAGCUCGAUGCAUUGGCUCGCAAGAUAAGCUGGUUCCAUUCAGGAAGCAGAAUCAUCAUCACUACAAGGCAAGUGAAGAUCCUCAAGCUCGCAGGAUUGCCGGCCGAAGCUGUUUAUAUGGUUGAGGAAUUGCGUGAGGAAGAAUCGCUUCAGCUAUUCAACUAUCACGCAUGUGGAGACGAACAGCCCAAACAGGAAUACACCAAAAUUAUCCAAGGAAGUCGUAUCAAUUAG